AUGUCGCUUACACAGUCUUCUGCCGGCAGUAUCGCAAGCACUGCAUCCGUAGCUGCUAGACGGCUAGCGGUCCUAUCAAAUGCUGAGCGCAAUGAAGCAUUAACGGCGCUGUAUGAGGGUCUUUUGGCUAAUAAGGAUGCCAUCCUAGCCGCCAACGCAAAGGAUGUCGCAUUGGCAAGCCGUGCCGCGGAGGAUGGGGAUCUGAAUUCUAGCGUCUUGAAGAGGCUUGACUUAUCAAGGCCGGGGAAAUAUGAUGAUAUGUUGCAAGGAAUCCUCAGUGUGCGGGAUUUGACGGAUCCAAUUGGAAACGUGACUCUGAGGACACUGCUCGAUGAUGGACUUACAUUGGAGAGGGUGAGCUGUCCCAUUGGAGUGUUGUUGAUAAUUUUCGAAGCUCGCCCUGAGGUGAUCGCAAAUAUUGCUGCCUUAUCUAUCAAGUCUGGCAAUGCAGCUAUCCUAAAAGGCGGGAAAGAAUCAACUGAAUCUUUCGUCGCAAUAUCGACGGUGAUCUCUCAAGCCAUAUCGAGCACCCGCGUUCCCAAGUCCUCCAUCCAGCUCGUACAGACCAGAGACGUGGUUUCUUCCUUGCUGGCCCAAGAUACUUUGAUUGAUUUAGUCAUCCCUCGCGGGUCGAAUGACCUUGUUCGCUUCGUCAAAGACAACACCAAAAUUCCAGUAUUAGGCCACGCAGAUGGCCUUUGCUCCGCUUACGUACAUCAUGACGCGGACCUGGACGUUUCCGUUAAAGUGCUCGUCGAUUCCAAGACGGAUUAUCCAGCCGCUUGCAACUCUCUGGAGACCCUGCUGGUGAAUGAAGCUGUUUUGAGGACCAUACUACCUACUGUUGCCAAGGCCCUCGUGGCGAAGGGUGUUACUUUGAAGUGUGACGAACCCUCGAAAGGUGCGCUGGCGGAUACUUUAGACUCUGUGGAGAUGAGUUCUAUCGUGGAUGCCGUCGAGUCCGACUAUAAUACAGAAUUUCUGGAUCUGAUCCUUGCUAUCAAAACGAUACCUGCAUCUGCUCCCGGUUCAGGUGUUGAUGCAGCGAUCGACCACAUCAAUACCCAUUCCUCAAAGCAUACCGACAUAAUCUUGACCAAGUCAAAGGCCACUGCGGAUUACUUCAUGAGCAGCAUCGACAGUGCCGGUGUUUUCUGGAAUGCUUCAACAAGAUUUGCAGACGGUAUGAGGUAUGGCUUUGGCACAGAGGUCGGGAUCAGCACCAAUAAGAUCCAUUCCAGAGGUCCCGUGGGACUAGAUGGUCUCACGAUUUACAAGUACCUGAUUCGGGGUGAUGGCCAUAGAGCAGGAGACUACUUCGAUGGUGUUGGGGGUAAAAAGUGGAAACAUGAAGCUCUACCAUUGUAA